UUUCAGCUUUAUAAACGUGACGAUACGUCAAGGACGCUCGCUCCAAGUGGUAGCCGAAGAAAACAUGCACUUUUACACACCAGGUGCAGCUCUGUCGGAAUCGUAAACGGCAGCAGAAACGUCAAACGUCUCUGACUUUCUGCAUACCGUACGGGCACUGCAUCUUCUCAGCAGUCACUUAAAUCCUGAUUCCUGACGAUCCCUCACGUUUACCGCCGUAAUGGAACCGAUUUUUGGUGGACAACUGCAUAACCGGUGUGCGGUAAUUACGUUCGGUGCUUUCCAGGUGACGGUUGGAUUGUUAUUGAUUCUGUUGGAUGGAGGAGAUUUCAUAUUCGAACAGACAAAUUCCUACAUUAAUUACGGAAUGUGCAGCGCGCUGUACUAUACCAUCCUCGGCUCCGGCUUUUGGACCGGCGGGUUUUUUGUUAUAACUGGUGCAUUCGGCAUUGCCGCUGGUCAACGGAUUCCGGAUCAUAAAGAACCGCGCAGCCGCCGAUGUCAUCUAAUCACAUCGCUAGUGCUCAGCAUUCUGGGUUUGCUUCUGGCUGCCAUAAUGGCCCCUGCCGCUUACUUCUACGCAUCCCAACCGGUGCUGCUGUUAUGCCUGGAAAAGUAUCCAUCCAGUCAGAUUGUUCCGAUGGCGCAUGUGGUGCUGUUCGGUAUUAUGGUGGUGCUGAAUUUCGGUCAGCUGGUGUCCAGUAGCGUAAACAUUAGUAAACUGCCGCCGCGGAUCGCCGCCUUCACCUACACAAUGACCACAACGGCCGUUCCCGCCCAGCAGCAAAUGAUUGCCACGGCGGUGCACACGCAUCCGGCUGGUAUUACCCCGCCGCAGGGCACCUUUGUCAUUCCUCCGUACUAUGCAGGCCAACAACAAAGCUAUAUACAACAAGCCGUCGAGACGCAUCCCAAGUGACAAGACAAGCGUUUUAAAAACCAAUGCCGGCUUUUAUUAUUUUACAUAUAUGUACUGCAGACGUUGUCUUUAGAUCUCUUCUUUCUGCGACAAGAGCUGCAGUUUUCGUAUCUUUUCCUCUCAACUUGGCAGUUUCUAAGCGGGAUCUAAUAUUCUUGAAUUGCGAAACACAUUAACACAACAACGAAAGUCAUGAUAAAAAAUUAAAACCGA